AUGCCGCGUCGACUUCCAUGGGCCAAGAAAGACGCAGCAGGAGCAAAAGCAGCAAUCCCAUAUUCAGAUCUUACAUCGCGCACAUAUGAAAAUGACGACGAUUUCUUGGAAGAUGUGAUAGCGGCCAGCAGUAGCAAAGGAAAUCGACAAGCCAACCAAUCAGAUGAUGAUCUUCCCAAUCUGCCAGCAGAACCAUCAACACCAGGCAACAAAUCGAGAAGAAAAGAUGCAUGGAGGAAAGGACGUGAAGUUUCAUCAUCACCUCCACCUCUGGCGGAAGAUCUCGAGCAACCACGUGUUGAAUAUAUGCACGGCGCCAUCUCUAAAUUCGACCUACGCGACGAUGAAUGGAUGAUGGUUGAAGACGAAUUUCUCGAGACGGCAAAGCUAUUCACUCGACACUUGCACAUUGCAGAAUACGAGAAACUCAAGGAGAUGAUUGAGGAAAAGAAGAAAGGCGCUGAUGUACCAAGACCGGUAGUACCCAACGCGAAAAUGUCUGAUAUUGGGGCCAUGAAAGAUAGAGCCAAAGUUCAAGAGCAGAAGCAAAAGAGAGCUCUUCAGGACGUUUUUGCAUCUCAAGACGACGAUGAGGCGCAAGAGCAAAGUGUAAGGAGCAAAGAUGUUGCGGAGAGGCUGGCGAAGCGCAAGGCUGAGCGGGAGAAGAAGGAGGGCGAAAAGGAGAAGAAGAGGAGGACGGUGGAUGUGGAUGAUAUACCCACUUUUUUGUUUUGA